AUUGUGGCCUCAAAAAUAUAAAUGUAGAAAAAUAAACAGAAGGAAAACACAGGCAAAUAACUUUGAUGCUCGCUAGACUUAUUUUCCAACAUUUUAUUCAUAACUAAGUUGUGGAAAUGUGGAUCUUCCCUGAGACUUUCCUUUGUCCUCAAGUUUUACCUGAGCUUCUGAUCCUGCUAAAACCGAAGCAGUCUCUUCCACAUGGUUUCUGAAACUGAUCAACAUUUUACAGAUUAUCAUAAGCAUCUUCAGUACAGAAAUAGGUAUGAAGACAAACACUUUUGAAACUGCAAAACAAACGGAUAUGCAGGUUGGAGCUCAAAUUCUCAGUGUGUAAUUACAGACCUACAGGGCCAAAAUGGGGGGAAGUGGUGAAAAACUACACAGUUACAGGGCACUGGUUCUUUUCUACAAAGGUCGAUGUGAGCUGCUUAUGGGGUAUAUCCAGUCCAAAAGAGAAAUCGUUCUGCAACACAACAUCCCUGGAUGGAAUCGUAGAACAGUUAGGGUUGGAAGGGACCUUAAGGAUCAUCUAGUUCCAACCCCUCUGCCAUGAAUGCUGUGAUUUAUAUGAACUGUCUAAAACCACUGAGCUUUGUCUGUGGAUACAGAUGUGUUCUCCACCUAUUAUGGGAUGCUGAAUGGUGCUAGGAGAACUUCGCACAGAAAACAGUGUGUUUCCUAACAUACGGGAAUAAAGUAAUGCUACAGGAAAAAAAAAAGCCCUAAACCCACCUUUUUAACGAAGGAGAAAGAUGGGAUAAUCUUUAUGUGAGCUUUUUGCUAAACCAACGGGGAAAAGAGGGGGGAAAACUAAACUUCGGCUGCAUGCUUAAUGGGUAAAUUUAUCUGAUUUGAAUUAUACGAAAUAAUAGGUUCGUUCUAUUCGAGUCUCACCCCAGACCCACCCCCUCCUCCAGCCCCAGGGGAGGGAGCGUUAAAUAAUGGUCUGUGUAAGCCGAUGCUGGUGCGGCGCGGCUUCGGGGGAGCGCGGCUGGUGCAAGUUAAAGCAGGCGGCGAGGAAAGAGCAGCCGAAUAAGCAGCAGCUGCCGGAGCCGAAGGGGACCCUCCCGGCACGGAGGCAUGUCGCUGCUCAGCCGGGUGCUGGCGCUGGGCUGCCGGCAGCCGCGGGAGCCCGAGCGCCGCCUCUCCCGGGCGCUUCUCGCCCGCUCGCCCCGGGACAAAGGAGGCGAUCAGCCCGCGCUGCCGCGGCGCCGCCGGGGCAGGGUCAAGAGCCUGCAAGAAAUGCCGGGGCCCAACACUCUCUACAACCUCUACGAGUUCUUCUGGAAGGACGGCUUCGGCCGCAUCCACGAGAUUCAGAUCGCGAUAUGGUUGCUCAAGUCCUCCGGGCAGAAGGCAGAGCACCACAAAGAGCCAACAUGGAGUCCUGGCAGGAAUACAGAGACUUACGAGGAAGAGCCACUGGACUUAUUUCUGCGGAGGGGGAACAAUGGCUAAAAAUGAGAAGUGUACUGAGGCAAAAAAUUCUGAAACCCGAAGAUGUGGCUGUUUACUCUGAAGGAGUCAAUGAAGUUAUCACAGACUUAAUUAAAAGAAUCCACACCCUCAGAAGUCAAGAGGAUGAUGGGGAAACAGUGACCAAUGUUAACAACCUUUUCUUCAAGUAUUCAAUGGAAGGUGUGGCAACUGUUCUGUAUGAAUGCCGGUUGGGCUGCCUGGAAAACAACAUCCCACAACAGACUGUUGAAUAUAUUGAGGCUCUGGAGUUGAUGUUUAGUAUGUUUAAGACCACUAUGUAUGCAGGUGCUAUUCCCAAAUGGCUUCGUCCACUUAUUCCAAAACCCUGGAGAGAGUUCUGCAGAUCCUGGGACGGACUCUUCAAAUUUAGUCAAAUCCAUGUUGACAACAAAUUGAAGUCUAUUCAGUCUCAGCUGGACCGAGGAGAAGCAGUGAAUGGUGGGCUACUUACACACCUCCUGGUGAGCAAGGCACUUACUUUGGAAGAGAUUUAUGCCAAUAUGACUGAAAUGCUUCUGGCAGGAGUGGACACGACUUCUUUUACUUUGUCCUGGGCAACAUACUUGUUGGCAAAACACCCUGAGGUUCAACAACGUGUUUAUGAGGAAAUAGUCAAUAAGCUGGGGAAAAACCAAGUUCCUGUUGCUCAUGAUGUCCCCAAAUUGCCUUUGAUUAGAGCUGUGCUGAAAGAAACCUUGAGGUUAUACCCAGUAUUGCCAGGAAAUGGAAGAGUGACCCAAAAAGACUUGAUUGUUGGAGGAUACUUGAUACCUAAGGGGACGCAGCUGGCACUCUGUCACUAUACCACUUCAUACAGCGAAGAAAAUUUCUCAAUGGCCAAUGAGUUCCGACCUGAGCGCUGGCUGAGGAAAGAUAAUUUGGACAGAGUAGACAAUUUUGGUUCCAUCCCCUUUGGUUAUGGCAUUCGAAGUUGUAUAGGAAAAAGAAUUGCAGAGCUGGAAAUUCAUCUUGCACUGAUCCAGUUGCUUCAGAAUUUUGAGAUCAAAAUUUCUCCCAAAACCAAACCAGUUCGUGCCAAAACCCAUGGACUUUUGACUCCUGGAAACUCGAUCAACGUGCGGUUUUCUGACAGAAAGUGAGACUCACAUGUUUUGCAUAUACUUGUGUGAUUUUCAUGGAAACAGACUUGCAUCUUACAGAUGUUUAAUCACACUUGUUAUCUGGUUUGUAGGUAUUUGGCAGAACGAUCAAGUAUUAUUUUCUGCCUUAGUUCUGGCAGUACAUUGAAGAAAUUACCUCUACUAUAAUUACAUAUAUGAAAAUAUAUACUGAAAAAAAAAUCCUUCUUGCACUGGGAAUCUCCUUUUACCUGGAAUUCAGAUGUGUCAGUAUCAUUCAAUGGUUUUGUUACAUUGCUUUGUCAUAAAAGUCGGCUAUUCAGUGAGUCUAUUUGAGAGCAAGAGGAUUACUAUAUAAUGUGAAAAUUGAAAAUUGGCUGCAUUUAUGAGUUUGCAUUUUCCCAUUUGUUGUCCUCUAGUGUUUUUUUUUGGAAGUUUCCACCUAACACUGAAAUCUCGAGAUAAUUUUUCUCUGGUCUGUAAAAAUAGUUACUCUGAGUGUAUUAAGACAUUAAUACAGUAAUAUGAAAAGUAAAGAUGGAAAAAAAACAAUUUAUGUGACUUUGUUUAGACUUGAAAUACAGAGCAAUUAAAAAAAUUUCUUCAAACGUGAUCCCCAUAAAAUGUUUCUUUUUUUUUUAAUAAAAAAUAUUAAAAAUUAAAGAUUAAAUGUCACAUUGUAGAAUUAUGAACCCAGACAUUGUCCUUAUCACCAAAGCAUAAGAUGAGUGGAAUAACACAAACCACUUUAACUAUUCUAGCUAAUAUUAUGCCAAAACCAAGUGUAAAUAAUAAGGAUGAAGUAGUUGUUAUAUUUUUACCAUUUAAUUAAAAUAUUACUCUUAACUAUGUUCACAGUUCUUCAACAGUAGGAACUGGAAACUUCCCAUUGUAACAUGCUGAACCCACAGGCAGGUGCACAGUUGCCUUUUGUAGGAUGGAAAUACGACUACUGAAGUAUUUGGAGAUUUUUUUUUUUUUACCAUCUGGUGGUUAAUACAAAGAGUGAACACCUGAAAGGGUUUUUAAAUUAUUUUCUUUUUCUUAUGGUAACAAACAGAAAAGUCUUUCUUGCAUGGUACUUUAGUCUUUAGGUAACUUUAGUGUCACUGCACUAACCUUAUGUUCUCAUUUUGAGAGAAACGUUAUACCUGGGGUCCAUGUUGUGCCUUGAAUGAUGCUCCAACCUGCAUAUCCUAACAUGAGAUUAACUAUGUAAUGAUGUAAAGUUAAGUGUUUACAUGUCAGGUUCUGACUGUUAAUUGUGAGGUAGUUUACGUUUGGAUAAUGGUAAACUUUUCAGUUUACAGAGUUAGAAAAAACUUGUGCAACUCAGUUUUUACAAUGAUAACAUUUUCUUUGCUCAUCCAGCUAUAUGAAGUCAAAGAGUUUACAAAUUAAAUAACGCACUGUGGUUUUAAUAGCCUAAAUGAAAUGUCACAAAGCUAACUACUGCAAUCAUCUUAUUGUAGUAUUUUGGUUACUCUUUGUAGGGCCUUUUCAAAGUCUUGUCUAAGGAAAAACAAAAAAAAAAUUCCCUUGUAUGGAUCUUGCUUAUAAAAUGAUGACACUAAACAAAAUUGAUCUGAUCUGUGAGAAGAUUAAAUGUUUACAUGGUCACUUUUACCUUUGAGAAGAGGAGGCUGAGGGGAGACCUUAUUGCUCUCUACAACUACCUGAAAGGAGGUUGUGGAGAGGAGGGAGCUGGCCUCUUCUCCCAAGUGACAGGGGACAGGACAAGGGGGAAUGGCCUCAAGCUCCGCCAGGGGAGGUUCAGACUGGACAUCAGGAAAAAAAUUUUUCACGGAAAGGGUCAUUGGCCACUGGAAUAGGCUGCCCAGGGAGGUGGUUGAGUCACCUUCCCUGGAGGUGUUUAGGGACAGGUGGACGAAGUUCUGACGGGAAUGGUUUAGGGACUGUUAAGAAUGGUUGGACUCGAUGACCCAGUGGGUCCCUUCCAACCUGGUGAUUCUAUGAUUCUAUGAUAUAGAAUGCUAAUCCUGUAUUGGGCAUAAAUAUUUACUAUAAGAAAACCAGGUAAUCUGUGGGGAGUUUUUUCCUUGAAUGAGCAUGCCUUCUCAUGCUGUUUUCCAAGGCCGCACAUUAUGCCUUUUUUUUUCCCUUUUCCUUUGUGUUUUCCAAUUGUCCCCAUCCUAAAUAGUAUGAAGAAAAUUCUGUUUGCCAGAGCCAGUUGACAUCCCAAAGGGGAUAUUUUGCAAGGUCUGUUUUAAAAGUCUGUAGAUUGAGUAUUUUGCUCCAUAACUCUGCCUGAUUUUGUUGACUUGGGGACCAAAGAGCCCAAGCCUUGAAUCCAAAUUUGGAUUCUGUAUGGUGCCUUCCUUUUGCAUUGUCAUAGCAUCAUUAGAAACACAAGUGAUUGCUAUGUUGCAGUACAUUUGCUACUUGAUAUCAAUCCCUAAGUAAUAUAUCACUGUAGAAGAGGGAAGAGGUAUUCUAAAAUGCUUUUUUAAAUAUUUUCGUGGAAACAGAA